UUACACCUUCUAUUAUUUCUUAUUUUUUUUUUAAAAAAAAAAAAUAUAUAUAUAUAUUAUAUAAUUGUUAAAAAUGGAAGGAAAAUCCAACUCCAAUCUUCCUCCUGGAUUUAGAUUUCAUCCAACAGAUGAGGAAUUAAUCAUGUAUUAUCUUCGUAAUCAACUCUUCUCAAGACCAUGUCCUGCAUCAAUAAUUCCUGAACUCAAUAUUUACAAAUUCGAUCCAUGGCAAUUACCUGAUAAAGCUGAGUUUGGAGAAAAUGAAUGGUACUUUUUCAGUCCUAGAGAACGUAAGUACCCAAAUGGAGUGCGACCCAAUAGGGCAACGGUGUCCGGUUACUGGAAGGCUACAGGAACUGACAAAGCAAUUUAUAGUUCAUCAACUUAUGUUGGAGUCAAGAAAGCUCUUGUCUUCUACAAGGGUAAACCUCCAAAAGGGAUCAAAACUAAUUGGAUUAUGCAUGAAUAUCGCUUAAAUCAGUCUCGUAAGCAAUCCAAGGGAUCCAUGCGACUGGAUGAUUGGGUUCUAUGUAGGAUCUACAAAAGAAAAUUGUCAAAAGUUUUGGAAUCUCAUAAAUUAGUGGAAGAAAUGCCACAACCACACCAUGAGCAGUUGAAAUUUCCAUGGACAUCGUCACUCUCACAUCUAUCAGAAAUGGAUAUCAUGGCUCCAAUUUCUCACUUUCUCAAUGACAAUGCUGGUGCUACUCAAACAUUUGAAUUUCAAAAUGUCAAUUCACUCCCGCCAAAUUACCACUCUGAAAAUUUUCGACAACUGAAUCAGGAUUCAGAAUUCAUUAACCAUCCAGCAGUAUCGUAUGCAAAUCCAAUAUUGUACGAUGAUAUUUUUCAAUGACAAAGUACAGGGAUUCGUUAAUAGUUUUAGACAUCAGACUAGGGAAAAAAGAUAUUAGAUUGUAAAUUAUUUGCAACACCUUUUUAUGGCUAAUUUUUUAACCGUGGAAAAAAAUACUUCCUUGAUCCGGUUAAAAAAUAUGAAAAUAUCGUGAUUCUAACGCACAUAAAAAUAUAUCCUAAACAACCCAUUUUGUCAAUUAAAAAGUUUAUAAGAUAAAAUUGCUUCUAGGCUGUUCCUUCCCUGCAUGGAAGGUCCUUUUUGUCUUCUGGUUCAUUGGCUGUAUACUACCGUUUCCUCCCUGGAAAACCUGUAAAUGAUUAUACAACAGGCCAGUCAAUUAGCUUGUACUGACGUUCUCUCAUUCCCUUAUGCUAGUCCCUACAUAUUUUGCUCAUCAUUCCCUUCCUCAAACUCCUUAACCAAUUUCUCUUCCUCAUUCGCUUCCUUUUUCCCACAGCUUUCUCAUUCUUGUGUCUCUCAUGUGAUCCCUGUCAGCAUCCCUGUAUUCCCCUAACUUCUGACUCCACUAAGCCCUCUACCUUGUUAACAUUGAACCCUUCCAAUCUUAUCCCUACUUUUGUAGUCGUGGGCUCUUCAUCUCUACUAGCCCAGAGCUCUCAAAUCAAGCCUGGAGUACUGAUAGCACCUCAUCCAGUCCUAUACCCGGCUCCUCAUUUAAACGAGCCCAAAA